AUGCUUCUUUCUUUUCACACGUCUUUUUCUUUCUUUCUUUCUUUCUUUCUUUCUUUCUUUCUUUCUUUCUUUCUUUCUUUGCAUUUUUCAUUUUUUAAUAAUACUCUUUACCAACGUUUCUUUAUUUUUUCCUUUUUUUCAUACGUCUCUUUCUUUCUUUCUUUCUUUCUUUCUUUCUUUCUUUCUUUCUUUAUCUAUCUAUCUAUCUAUCUAUCUAUCUAUCUAUCUAUCUAUCUAUCUAUCUACUCUUACAUUAUUUCUAUUAUUUUACAUUUCCUUCUGUAUAUUUCUUUGUCUUUCAUUAGAUUUCCUCAUUUUUCCUUUUUCCUCUUUUUUGCUCUUUUUAAAUCAUAUUUCCAUGAGUCUUCUCUUUCUUCCAAGAAAAUCGAUUAUUUUUCUUCUUUUUUUUUUAAUUGCUCUUUUUCAAUCGACCUCAUUCUCUCGGGCAACGAUAAUGCAGAUUUCAUUUCGGUAUGA